CGUCGCUGGGUCCAGUUCGGUCUAGCGACAGUCAGAAAAGCGUUCAGAGUACAGAGGAGCAGAGCUGCGACUACAAUUCUAUCUUAACUGUGUUACAUUUCCCAGAGGACGGAUUCAUCUUCAGACAUCAGUACCAGAGUGAAGAUCCAAAGAGGUUUUUGGUGCCAUCCAGAGUAAGUCAUCUUCAUCGGUGUAGUCUUCUCUCUGAGGAGGUCAGUCCGGCGUUUCAAACUGGACGGAGGAGAGACGAGUGGGGCCGAGGGCCCGGCCUUCGUGCUGCGACACAGAAAUCAAAAUGUCAUCGAACAGACGACAGAUCGCACGCCUACAGAUCCCAUGAGUCCUCGGGAGAAAGCAGACACGCCAAGCACAGGUUUUCCAACCAGUCACCUCAGCACUGCAGAGUGCCCCUCACACAAUGGGAGGGUCCCAGAGUGCGAUGACGAGAGGAGAAAAAGUGAAGAGGACGACAGAGGAGAGGAGAAGGAGGAAGAGGAGGGGAAGAGCAGCGAUGAAGGUUUCAUGGGGAUGACCCCUCUGCUACAGGCUCACCAUGCCAUGGAGAGGAUGGAGGAGUUUGUACACAAGGUGUGGGAAGGCCGGUGGCGGGUCAUACCUCACGACGUGCUCCCCGAUUGGUUGAAGGACAACGACUUCCUGCUUCACGGCCACAGGCCACCCAUGCCUUCUUUCCGCGCCUGCUUCAAGAGCAUCUUCAGAAUCCACACAGAGACUGGAAACAUCUGGACACACCUGCUAGGCUGUUUGUUUUUCCUCUGCCUGGGCUUGAUGUACAUGUUCAGGCCCAACAUGUCGUUCGUGGCUCCGCUCCAGGAGAAGGUGGUGAUCGGGAUGUUCUUCCUGGGCGCCAUUCUCUGCCUCUCCUUCUCCUGGCUCUUCCACACAGUCUACUGCCACUCCGAGGGCGUCUCCAGAGUCUUCUCCAAGUUGGACUACAGUGGGAUCGCCUUCCUGAUCAUGGGCUCCUUCGUGCCCUGGUUGUAUUACUCCUUCUACUGCUCCCCUCAGCCGUGCUUCAUCUACCUGAUCGUGGUGUGCAUCCUGGGACUGUCCGCCAUCACCGUCUCCCAGUGCGACUUCUUCGCCACGCCGCAGUACCGAGGAGUCCGAGCAGGAGUGUUUGUGGGUCUGGGUCUGAGCGGCGUGGUUCCCACCCUGCACUUCACCAUCAGCGAGGGUCUGAUCAGAGCCACCACCAUGGGUCAGAUGGGCUGGCUGUUGCUCAUGGCGACGCUCUACAUCACAGGAGCCUGUCUGUACGCGGCCCGAAUCCCCGAGAGGUUCUUCCCCGGCAAGUGUGACAUCUGGUUCCACUCCCACCAGCUGUUUCACAUCCUGGUGGUCGCGGGAGCGUUCGUUCACUUCCACGGCGUCUCCAACCUGCAGGAGUUUCGCCACAAGGCAGGGGGGGGGUGUGCUGAGGACGGCACUCUCUAACACAUAUACACAUGCUGACUUAGUUUUACACUCACACACACACACUGCGGGGAGCCACUGGUUCUUAUAAUACGCACAGAAUAACACACACACACACACACACACACACACACAAAGGGUGAAAACCACACACGCACACACUUCUCCCAUAACCUGUGUGUGUGUGUGUGUGUGUGUGUGUGUGUGUGUGUGUGUGUGUGUGUGUGUGUGUGUGUGUGUGUGUGUGUGUGUGUGUGUGUGUGUGUGUGUGUGUGUGUGUGUGUGUGUGUGUGUGUGUGUGUGUGUGUGUGUGUGUGUGUGUGUGUGUGUGUGUGUACUACACAGGAGGGCCCCCCAGGGGGCGCUAUUAAAACUGACUGAGGGUUUUUAUUGUCUUUCUCUCCCUCUGUCACCCCCCCUCCUCUGGCUCUGUUGCUCUGAUUAUAAAUCCUCUCCAGAACAGGGGGGAGACCGCUCUUUCCAGGAAGUGUCUGUGGGGGGUUGGGGGGUAGGGGGGUGUUCUUGAAGUGAGAUGCUUUGAUUUGAAAAGGAUUCAUAAUUGUGGCUUUUUAAAAACCUUUUGGGGGGUGUUUUUUUCUGAGUCACUCGAUAAUGAGAAAAGAAACGAGUGGAUUUCUUCUGUGAUUGUGAAGGUUGUGGGUGUUAGGGUGGGCAGUGGGGGGGUUAAUAGUCUCUUUUAAAAGUUAAACAAAGAAACCUUUUCCAUGUAAAUAAGAUUUCUAAAUUUUUUGGGUUAUAGAUUUGUAUGAAAUAUAUAUAAAAAAUGCAAAAAAAAAAAGUUCUGUGAGAGCAGGAAGAGACGAGGAGGGGGGGUGUUGUAUCUACACUUCCUCUAGCAGUGGGGAGGGGGGGUCUUUCACACACCAUCCUGUAGUCUGUAUGCAGAGGUGACAGGGAGAGGGGGGGUGUGUGUGUGUGUAGGUAUACAGUACAACAUCUGAAUAUAAUCCAGCAGCAGCUUUAAGGCUGCUGGGGUUCUGUGUCCAUGGUGAUUCACACCUUUCUAACCCGACAACCUUAACAUAUUAACGGGGAGGCAGGGGGGGAGGUCCUCUACUCCCCCUCUUGUGUUUAACCUGCCGGCCUCACAGAGCCGGCAGAUCUCAGAUCAGGCCUCAUGGGAAAUCUCUCGCUUAAAAACCAAAUCUUAGGUCGCACCAUGAUGUAAAAACAGUCCUCUGAUAUGUAGCCAUUUCCUUUUAUCUUGAUGUAUAGAUAAAAAAAGUCACCAAAAUCAGUGUAUUCUUUUCUAUGCCAUCCCCUUGAAGUCUUGUUGAACAUAUCAUGGAUAACUUUGAGAUAUUUUGUAUAAACAUCGCCCCCGAGUCUUAUACUUAUGAUUUAGGUGAUCUGCAGUCUGAUUGGAUUACAGCUGCAGAGCCGUCUGAAACACGCUCUGAUUGGACUGUACUUUAAUUUAUCCGCUGCUGGUUUUAGUAUUAUUUCAAGCUUUAAUUUCUCUUUUUCUUUUCUAUUAUUUAUCAAUGGUUUGUCUCUUUUAGCCAUGUGAGGUUAGGGCAGGGGGGCCCCGAGGGUCUCUGUCCUGAAACAGUCUCCUGAAGGUCUGAGUUACCUGCUCUAAGGCCGCCUGAUCCGCCUCAGUUAUGAGACCUAAAAUGUGUUUGCUGCUGAUAUCAAAAUCUGGCUCCUGAAGAUGGAAAACCUUACAUUCUCAGCUGAUCAUAAACGGUCUGUGGUUUAUUUAAAAUUAGGUUUGUACUUUUCUAUUUGAUGGCAGCUUUUUCUAAGCAGGAAUUCAAACACAGUUUCUCCUAUUUUCUCUUUUAUUUUCUUUAUUUUCUCUACCUUGUAUUAAUUUAUUUUCUCAUGGGGGGGGGGGGGGGGGCGCGUUUUGUCAGUUGAAGCACACGUUCCAUUUGUGAUGGGAGUGUUUGAUUGCAAUAGAUCUUUAUAUCUGCUGUAUUGUUCUAAUAAAAGGUUUUGAAUCUGUC